CUUAGAAAUGUCAAAUGACUAAACAUUAGUCAUACCUGUCAAAAAAGUCAAUAUAGAAAAUAAAGUUGCAAAUUUUGCAUCGCAAAAAAUUUCCGUGUAAUUUUUACAUCUAAAAUGUCGUUAAACACGGCCCACCUGAACGGCGGCGUGCUGAUCCAUGCAGGGGAACAGAUAUUGCUGUUUUCCGAGCAUGUUUCCAUAGAGUGGUCGGGGCAGAAUAUGGGUGCUUUUAAAGGUACCAAAAGCGGUAGAAUAUACUUGACAACUCAUCGAUUGGUUUUUAACAGCAAAAGCCCCAACGAUGAAAUGCAGUCAUUUAGUUUCCCUUUCAUCACUCUAAGCGAGGUGGAAAUUGAACAACCAAUAUUUGGGGCUAAUUACAUUAAAGGGAAAGUAAGGGCUCAGCCGAAUGGAAAUUGGACUGGCGAAGCCAAAUUCAAGUUGACUUUCAAACACGGAGGUGCUAUUGAGUUUGGGCAGGCUAUGCUGAAAGUGGCUCAUCUUGCCACAAGGGAUGAUAUCUCUGGAGAUAUCGCAAGGGGCGGCUUCAGAGAAGCACCCCCGCCGUACAUGCCGCCCCAAUCGCAGUACUACGCGGCGCCGCCCCCCGCCUACGCGCCGCCCCCGCAGGGUUACUACGGCUGGACGCCGCCCUACCAGACGUUCCCCGAUCAGCCGCCCCAGAACGGCGUUUUCAUGACGGACGCGCCGCCCCCGUACCCCGGGCUGCCGCCGCAGGGCUACCAGGGGGGGCAGAUGCCGCCGCAGGGGUAUCCGCCGCAGCAGCAGCAGGGGUACCCGCCGCAAGGGGGGUACCCGGCGGCGCAGGGCUAUCCGGGGGGCAGCUACUCCGGCUUGCCGCCGCCGCCCGGUCAGCAGGGCCCGCCGCAGGGGUAUCCCCAGAACGGGGGGCCGUUUGUCGGGCCGCAGGGCUAUCAGAAUCAACCGCAGCCCGGCUAUCCGCAGACGCAGGGCUAUCCGCAAGGGUUUACGGCACCUGCUGACUCUAAGGCGGCUGAGGCAGCCCAGUCGGCCUACUAUGAUCCUAGCAAACCACAGAUGGCGUAUGUGCCACCCCCAGCCUACUACGAGAAUCCACCAAGCUAUAAUCAAGCUACACACAAAAAAGAUCAAUAAGCUAUUUUCAACUGUUAUGCACUUAAUAUUAACGAUUAUACGGAAAUCUAUUUGUUUUUUUUCUGUUAGUGUUGCUAUAUUUUAAAUAUUUCAUUGUAUAAAAAUAACCAAUCAUUCCUGCACAUUCUUGUUAACUCAAUAUGAUGCCUUGAACUAUGAAUAGUGAAUUUAUGUUAUAUGCUAUUUAAGUAAGAUUUUAUAAAAUAUGGAUAUAGGUACCAUAAACAUUAAAAAUAUUUUCAUGUGCCUAUAUAUUUAGUUAGUAAUUAUGUUGGAAUACCAUACUUAUGUGUUAUAGAUAAUAUAUUAUGUAUUAAACAAUAAAU